AUGGAUCUACUCACAAACUUCCUCACCACCAUCGGCGAAGAAGUCGAAGACGCAGAAGAGGAAUCCUUCCUCCUCUUCUCCCAAGACAUCCCCUCCGCCAACCUAGGGUUCGUCGACUCUCGCGCCACAACCAUCGACCUGACCAUCCACGACCAAGACUAUACCAUUCAUCAAUCCCCGACUCUGCUAUCAUCUUCCAGAGCAGGUGGUACAACCGGUGCAGUCCUCUGGAAAAUCACCCCCCUCAUCGCAGAAUGGCUCUCCAACAACACCACAACCACCAAGAAUACCACCCCCAACCCCCUCUGGACACACAACAUCCUAACCCCCACCUCCACCAUCGUCGAACUAGGCAGCGGCAUCUCCGCCCUCCUAGCCCUAUCCCUCUCACCAAAGAUAGCCCACUACAUCGCCACAGACCAGGAAUACGUGCAGAGAUUAUUCCGCCAGAAUCUGGAUGAGAAUGCCAGCACUAUUACUUCUACCUCUACCGGUGGAAGUAGAUCUUCCAAGGCGGGGAAGAAGUCCACCAAAGCGUCAGCCUCCUCAGCAGCUCGGAAAUCCCAGCAGGGACAAGCGAAUGCAACAGGGAACGGUAAUGGGAAUGGGAAUGUGAUAUUUACAUCCCUAGAUUGGGAGUUAGAUGUUGCGGGAUCGCUUAAGGAGGGGUUGGGAUUAUGUACUACCACUACCGUGGAUGGUAGUGAAGAGGGUGGGGAGGAAGAAGAUAAAGGCUUCGACGUGGUGGUGUCAUGCGACUGUAUCUACAACGAUGCGUUGGUAGCGCCGUUUGUGCGCACGUGUGCGGAUUUGUGUCGGCUGAGGCCGGUGUAUACUCCCACUGGUACUGAGGGGAGGGGUUCUAGUGGGACAGGGAGGACGCCGACGGUGUGUGUGAUUGCGCAGCAGCAGCGGUCGCCGGAGGUGUUUGAGGCGUGGUUGCGGGAGACGUUGAGGGUGUUUCGCGUGUGGAGGGUGAGUGAUGAGAUGUUGGGGGAGAAGUUGAUGUCUGGGAGUGGGUAUUUGGUGCAUGUUUUGGUUUUGAGGUAG